UCAUAAUAAUAACACCAAUUUUCACUCAACCUUAGGAGCCAUUCUCUGCUGUCUUUGUGUCUCUUGCUCCAACACUUUUCCUCCAAACUCUCUUUUUAUAUUUUCUCACUUCCCAAACACCCACCUUAAUCAAAACCCCAAAAAACAACCUCACCCUUGUAUGAAUCUUGUGACCUCUGCUACGGCAAUGGCCAUGGCCAUAGACGACGCCCUUGAACUCGACUUAUCCAGCUACAGCACCACCACCACCACCACCACCACCACUACCACCGGCGGUGCCAUCACCACCACCACCACCACCACCACAAGUUCGCCGGAAUACGACCACGGAUGCAACUGGAACGACUGGUCUCCGGUCGUCGACUGGGACGCCCUCUCAGGUGGCCACGACGACUUCCGCGACCUCAUCGAAUCAAUGAUGGACGAGGAUGGAGAGCUGAACUCCGUGAGGGUAGUUCAAGAAGCUUGCAUCAGCAACUCCACGUCCUCCUCCACCACCGACACGAUCAGGACCGUGGAUGACGAAUCCAACGGCCAGGAUUCCAAGGGGCUUAGGCUCGUCCACCUCCUUAUGGCGGCUGCUGAGGCGCUCACCGGCCCUAACAAGAGCCGGGAUCUGGCUCGUGUGAUAUUGGUUCGGCUCAAAGAGUUGGUUUCUCCAACCGACGGCACUAACAUGGAGAGGCUGGCUGCGUAUUUUACCGAUGCUCUCCAGGGUUUGCUAGAAGGUACCGGGGGUGCUCACGGUAAUAGUAAUAACAAUAAGCAUUUCAUCACCAAUGGACCCCACCACCACCAUCACCAUCAUCGGGAUGAACAUCAUCAGACGGACGUGAUCGCGGCGUUCCAGCUUCUCCAGGACAUGUCACCGUACGUUAAGUUCGGCCAAUUCACCGCCAAUCAAGCUAUCCUUGAGGCCGUGAUUCAGGACAAGCGAAUCCACAUAGUGGACUAUGAUAUCAUGGAAGGGAUCCAAUGGGCUUCGUUGAUGCAGGCCCUCGUGUCCAGGAAAGACGGCCCACCGACCCCACACCUUAGGAUCACGGCGUUGUCACGAGGAGGGAGCGGUCGGAGAUCGAUCGGGACCUGUCAGGAAACGGGACGUCGUUUGGUGGCGUUCGCGGCUUCGAUCGGUCAGCCAUUUUCGUUUCAUCAAUGUAGGUUGGACUCCGACGAGUCGUUUCGACCCUCCGCUCUCAAGUUGGUCAAAGGAGAAGCGUUGAUCGUCAACUGCAUGCUAAAUCUCCCCCACUUCAGCUAUCGGGCACCCGAUUCGGUCGCUUCGUUUUUAUCCGGAUCCAAGACCUUGAACCCGAGAUUGAUCACUCUCGUCGAAGAAGAGGUGGCUCCCACCGGGGACGGAGGGUUCGUGGCGCGUUUCAUGGACUCGCUCUACCAUUACUCGGCCGUUUACGAUUCGCUCGAAGCCGGGUUUCCAAUGCAGAAUCGGGCUCGGGCUUUGGUGGAGAGGGUGUUUUUGGGCCCCCGAAUAGCCGGGUCGUUGGCCCGGAUUUACCGUACUCAUGGCGAGGAAGGUAGCCCUUGGGGGGAGUGGUUGAGUGGGCUCGGGUUUAGAGCUGUACCAAUUAGCUACGCCAAUCAGGUUCAAGCAAAGCUUUUGUUGGGUAUAUUCAACGAUGGGUACAGGGUGGAGGAGCUGGCUAACAACAGACUCGUUUUAGGGUGGAAAUCACGGCGUUUGCUAUCGGCUUCUGUUUGGACGUCGUCAUCUUUAGACUCAGAUUUGUAGAUUGGCAUCUUUUACUUCCGUUAUUUGCUAUUUUGUCCCCACUUUCUUCUCAAAUAUUCCUCUAUCCCACUCCCAAAAUAUUGUCUUAUAUUUUAAACCCCUCGACCAGAUUUUGCCAUUUGGACGAAGCCAAAGACUGUAACCAAAAACAGUUUUGUUGAUUUGGUUCCAAGCUAAUGCAGCUUCACAAUUUUUGGGCA